CCAUCAUGGUGUCUGCAGAUUUCGCUCAUCGGCCAGUCAAGAAGCUUGUGCUAUUCGAUGUCGAUGAUACGUUAUCGCCCCCACGUCAGAAGGCAUCUCCAGAAAUAAUUCAGCUCUUGCGCGACCUCAGAAAGCAGGUCGCUAUAGGCUUUGUUGGCGGGUCUGAUCUCGUCAAGAUAUCUGAACAGCUCAGUGUUGGCGAUGUCAAUUUUCUGGACGAGUUCGACUUUGGCUUCGCUGAGAAUGGCCUUACCGCGUAUCGACUCGGAAAGCCACUGGAGUCGCAGUCUUUUAUCAAAACGGUAGGCGAAAAGGACUAUCAGGAGCUGGUCAACUUCAUAUUGCAUUACAUCGCUGAUGUGAACAUCCCAAUCAAACGUGGAACGUUCGUCGAGUUCCGCAAUGGCAUGAUCAACGUCAGUCCUAUCGGCCGAAAUGCAACCGUCCAGGAACGUCGUGAUUUCGAGGCUUACGACAAGGAACACCACAUCAGGGCGAACUUUGUGGAAAUCCUGCAGGAGAAAUUUAAACGACUGAAUCUCACGUUCUCUAUCGGUGGCCAGAUAUCAUUUGAUGUCUUCCCGCACGGAUGGGACAAGACUUACUGCCUUGGACAUGUCGAGAAAGAUAACUUCGAAGAAAUCCACUUUUUCGGGGACAAGACGAGCAAGGUAAGAGUUGAGCUUCAUAUUAAGUGACUUUUCAUUUUCUUGACAAUUCCUGCAAAGGGGGGUAACGAUUACGAGAU